GUGAAACCUGUUAAUUUAAACAACCAUUUGCACAACUGUUUACAUAAAUAGAGCACAGAACCACUUAUAAUGAAAGCAAACGUCAAAUCUUCACCUUUACAAAAAAGUGUGCAGCAGACAACGAUAACUGGAGCAGACCGCGGGCCGAGGCCAGAAGGAGUUCCAGCGUUAAAGUUAGAGACCCUACAAGACACGGAGGAGGAGCAUUUCCCCAUAAUUCCGAAGGAUGCUGCUGGAAAGACUGUCUUAGGAGAUCUGACAGGGCUCUCCAUGAGCUGGGGCUCUCCAGCCUCCACACAAUCAAAGCAGUGUUUUGUGAGCGAGAUGAAAGACUCUGCUGUGGAUAAUGGAGAAUCACUACAGCUGAGCUACAGAGUCCAGACACAGAGAAGUCCUCUGUCCAGUCACAAACCUAACCUAGAUUCAUCCCACUUAACCUGUAAAAUCACAGCACAACACAACUACAGCCAGACCAACACUGUACGACCAAACAACAAGAUGAGGGAUGCGGAGGAGCUUACGGAGGACAGGAAACUGCAAGCAGUAAUUGAGCAGGUUAUGGUGGAUCAGCUGUCGAGGGCUGUCAUUAGCGAUCCGGAACAGAAUGCUGUGUCUGUCAGUCCCACGAGUGUCCCACUACGCUACAGGAGAACUCUUCACCACACUAAAGUAAAAACUCAGAUGUCUUUAACAGAGAACAUCUUAUCCAACAAGCUCUGCUUUCAAGCCAGGAUUUUAUCAAGGUGUGGACGUGAAGCAAGUCGAAAACUGAUUGGCUUCUUUUUCACAUGUGACCAAACACUGACCGUGUACGAGUACCGAAAUUUUGGUAAAAACAGAUGGAACGCACUGCCCUUUAUCACGCGUGGUGUGUAUUUGAACAGAGGGAGGCCUUACUGCCUGCAGGACAUCUCACAGGGUGCCGAGCUUCGUUUCUGUACAGACGGCCCACACCUCCCCCAAAGUCUGAGACAGCAGCCGUGCCUGACCCUCAGAGUUACUGAUGUGGAUGACACAGCCAAGAGAGCCUUGCUAACUCAGUCUGGGGAAACUCUACAUCAUCUCUCUGAAGAGGAAAUCAGUGAUCGAAAUACUCUUAAGGAAAUUCAAGGUGCAGUGCGUGAUAGGCUGAAGGGUCAUGCGGUCCGAACACUGAUCAAUCUAGGAAGAGAUCUGCAGACCUUACAUCAAAAGUCUGAUAGUAUUCAGCAAAAAGAGCUGCUCAGACGAUCUCUGAUGGAGCAGCUGUGCCUCACUCAGCAGGACUUCGAGGCGGUGUGGAGGAUUGUGAGUCGGCGUGCGGAGGGGCGGGUGCACCCCGAUGAUGUGAUGCGUGCCGUUACCGGGGAGAUGAGCGAGAACAGAAAAGCCAUCUUCCUGAAGGUUUAUGUAAAACUUGACCCAAAUAAAACCGGUUUCAUCUUCCUCAGUGAUGCUGAAAAAUUCUAUAGAGGCAAACAAGAGUCUGACGCAGCACUCGAAGCCAAUCUGAACCCUGACUUCCUGGCCUUCGUACGGGAAGCAGGAAAGGUCACCAAGACCGUGUCCUACGCUGAUUUUGAGGACUAUUAUGAGGGUCUGAGUAUUGAAAUCCCCGAUGAUGAAGAAUACAUCAACAAUCUGAGAGCUAUGUGGAGUAUCUGAGAACAUCUGCCUUGUUUUUGGAAGGACACUGUCUGAAUAUGAGUGAAAUACUGAGCUAAUAUGUUUGUUAAUACUGUCUAUCACUAUAUAUUACUCUUCAUAUUAUAUUAUUCAUAGUAUGCAGUGUUCGUAUAGCACAGUGUAGAGUCCAAUAAAAAAAUUCAGGGUCAGUAAUAUUAAUACUUUUAUUUAACAAGGAUGCAUUCAAUAGAUCAAAAGUGUCAGGAAAGACAUUUAUGAUGUUACAGAAUAAAUGCUGUUCUUUUGAACUUUCUAUUGAUCCUGAUCAAAUGUAUCAUAGUUUUCACAAAAAUAGUAAGCAGCACAACUAUUUUCAAAUUUUAUAAUAAUUGUUUCCUGAGCAGCAAAUCAGCAUAUUAGAAUGAUUUCUGAAGGAUCAUGUGACACUGAAGACUGGAGUAAUGAUGCUGAAAAUGUAGCUUUGCAUCGCAUAAAUAAAUUACAUUUUAAAUGAAUUGAAAAAAGAAAAUUGUUAAUUGAAAUUGUUUUAAUAUUUCACCAUAUUACUGUUUUUACUGUAUUUUUGAUCAAAUAAAUGCAGCCUUGACUGGCACAUGCUAACCAGUUUUAAUUCAUAAAUAAAUGUUUAAAAAUGUUGAAUGACUGUAAACUUGCAUAACAAUUUGUAUUGAUUUUAUUUAUCUAUCAUAAGAUCUGUACAUAUACAAACCUUAAUAUGAAAGGCUAUGUAAAAAAGAAAAUUCACAGAUGAAUCAUGUGUCCAAUAUGGACAUAUAUGCAUGCAUGGCAUCAAAAGGCAUGUGUCUAUUUGUGGAAAGGCUUCCUCUGUGUCAGUGGCCAUUAGACAGUCCGUUCCCAGAUCCAUUAGAGUAGGUGUGUGUGUAUUCUUCCUCAGAACCCUCCUCAUCCUCAUCUUCAUCACUGCGCUCAUCGCCCUUCAGCUUAAGAGAAUAAAAGACAAUUUAUCUUGUGCAUUUAA